CACAGUCAUGCUGAGUGUCUCAGCGGAGUCAGAGGACUCACGCCGCGAACCGUUUCAACGAUCGAAAAAAAACAAACCGUAAAAUUUCAUUCAACGAAUCCGCUUACUUAGCCCAAUUACGUCAACGGUCGAAUAUUACGUUUUUGGUCUUGUUUGUAUGUGAUAAUAAAAGAUUUUCAAUAGUUUUCUAAGGUUUAAUUCAACAAAAUGUGUGUUUGUGUAUUGUGAACAUAAAUUUCAACGCGUUGGAUUUUCCAAUUUACUAGAUACUCAAAGAAAAGUACAAUUUUUAAGGUCGCUGAUAGAGUGGAUGCUAAAAAGCUGUUGCUGUGGUGUAAGCCUGGAGCAGCCGAGGUUUGGGAGAGAGGUUUUGUUGGAGAAAGGCAGCAGCGGGAAAGCCCGCAGCGUGGAUGGUGGCAGGCGAAUGGGGCUAUGCGCCGGUGUCGGCCACCCCCGCAAUGAACGCGUUUCUGGAGACGAACCACGCACACCUUGCGUCGUACGGCCUGAAGAUGUCACCACAACCUGGCUGCGGAGUUGGACCGCAGCACAGAGCAGCUGCGCCCCACCCUCCAACUCACCAUCCUCCACAUUACCAGCCGUAUCCCUUACAUUCAUACCAGCCGGGUUAUUUACGAGAAUACGGUGGCUGUGGCGAACUUUUUCCGCAACAACCUCUAGAACAGAGUUGGGACUGGCGCGGUGACGUUCACUAUCAAGGCGCUGCUCCUCCUCUAGUACCACACGCUCAUCCACACACACCUCAUGCCUUCCUACGAUACGUUCGAGCGCCUCCACGUCGUGACAUGAGAUGCCAAUGGCUUGAUCCAGAACAACCACCUCCUAGAAAACUAUGCAAUAAACACUUCUCAAGCAUGCAUGAAAUUGUGACGCAUUUAACAGUGGAACACGUUGGAGGCCCUGAAUGUACGACGCAUGCGUGUUUCUGGCAAGGCUGCUCGCGAAACGGAAGGCCGUUCAAAGCGAAGUACAAACUAGUGAAUCACAUACGUGUGCAUACAGGAGAGAAGCCAUUUCCGUGCCCGUUCCCUGGCUGCGGGAAGGUCUUCGCGAGAUCAGAAAAUUUGAAAAUACACAAACGGACUCAUACAGGUGAAAAACCAUUCAAAUGUGAAUACGCCGGCUGUGACCGUCGCUUCGCAAACUCGUCGGACAGAAAAAAACAUUCACACGUCCACACGUCCGACAAGCCGUACAACUGUCGUGUCCAGGGCUGUGACAAGUCUUACACUCAUCCAUCAUCGCUGCGGAAGCAUAUGAAGGUUCACGGAGCUGCCGGUGAUGCAUCACCUCGAUACGACAGCGACGGUGAUGACUCAUCAUCAGCUGGUAGUGUCAGCGUAACAGCGGGAGCCGCCAGCCCUGCAGCGCCUAUACCCCAACCAAUCCCACCACAACCAAUCCAUCACCAACAUCAACCAACCAUCACCGACAAACUAGAAAGCCUUAACGACAAAUACCUGAACCCACACGAUCAUAAAACAUACGAGAGACCGCCUGCACCACCUCAUCAUCAACCAACGCUAACGAACAUUGGUAACGGUAUGGAUAACAAGCUUGGCUAUAGCAGUCACUGGAGUCAGUACCAACAGCCUCCUUCAGUGCCCCACGGGGUACCAGAAUGGUGGUGUCCUACCCAGGAGUCUUAUCAUCAUCAUCACCUGAUGCAUCACUCUGGGGCAGCCGCAGCGUACUGACCCUACCGCGCUUAGGGAACUCUUCAUUCAAUCUUAACUAAUACUUCAUUGACGUACAAUAAUCAACUAGACUCCCAAUCGCCUAUUAAAAGGUCGUCAAAAAAUGUGCGAGUGGCGUUGUACAUAUAUAUGUAUACAUUUACUUAUACAGAUAAGAUUAAAAACUUCAUUCAAAUUAAUACCUUAUUUCGUGGCAGUAAUGUUCAAAAAGCUAUUGUAUAUGCUCAUUUUAAGCUUUUUGUUUAAGCAAUUGAAAUGUAAUUAUUUAGCAAAAUGAUUAAAAACAUAAAGAAAGGUACACAAUUUUGUUAAUUUAAAAUACUUUUUUUGUUAUAUUAUGACACUCGACCCUUUUUCAAUUAGGAUAUGCGUGGCGUUGUAUUCAAAGCGCAGUCGAAACACAAAUGAACUAAAACCCUGCCAAACAGACGAGUAGGUAGAGGUUGGUUUAGACAAUUUUUGAGCGUGAUUGUGAGACUAGUUGUUUAUUGUAAUACUUAAAUCAUUGUGCCUACCUGACUAUGUACAUUAUAUAAAUCCGCCUGACGCUUUAAAGAAAAUAUAUAUAAUAAUUAUUAAAUUCAGAAUGAGAAGUUCACUUAAGCGCUACCCACAUAUACGCUUAUGUAAAAUCUAUAUUUGUAAUUCAGUACGCAUAGUUUAUAUGAAUUAUAAUUAUAUUAAUCUAAUAUUGAGGCCAAAUUUAGCCGUCCGAAUGUUUAUAAAUGACAUACUUAAGAAACAGACUGUGAAGUUGACAAACGUGUUAUUUGAUGGAAGAAAUAAUAAUUUGUCAAAACUACUUUUUAUAAAAGAAGACGUGUUUUUGUAAUUUGUAAUAGAAGUAACUUGAGUACCUACAACAGUCCACUUCUGGAAAGUAAGUAAUAACAGAUUUGAUUAUAUUUUAUAAUUACAGCUAAGUAUAUUUCUUUCAUGAGUUAAACAUGUUAUAAUCGUUAUACAUCAAGUUUUACAAAUUUAGUAGUAUUGUCUAUGCUGAAUUUUAAAAAAGUGUGUAUGUAUGCACGCAAGAAGUUAUACUUCUUUGGCCUAACGAAGCAAAACUCAUUAAAAUGAUUUAUGCCUCGUGCUAUUCUACGUUUUUAGAAAGAACAAUUUUAUGAAUAUCUUGCAAAGAUGGCUUUGACAAUUAAUUAUUAAAUAAUGAAUACGGCUGUAUGGGCUUGAACCCUUUGCCUGUCCUAAUAAUGGACGAAGAAACCAAAAAAAAAUAACGAUUGACGCAAACGUCAGAAAAUUUUAGGAACCAACUUCAACCUGUUACUUUUGUGUUAGAGUGAUGCGCGCGGAUCUUAAAAUUUCACUCUCAUAAUUUUUUCAUGACGAUAAAGAAGUAUAACUUCAAAAAGUAUUUUAAUUUAGCAAACACAUUGCUACAAAAUAAGUUGUAUCACGAAUCACGAUAGACCUAAAAUAUAUAGUAGCCGUAGCGUAUAGAUUAUCUGACAGCCCGAUGUUGCGUUAUCAAUUUUGAUUUGUCAAUGCGUGACUUAGAUUGUGGUUUAUAGUCAAAAUACUAAGGAGCUUAUGCCAAGCGUGGCUGAGUGUUUACGACCUGUCAAUCAAAAUCGGUAACAGUAGCACUAGAUUCACUUUUGAGACGCUGUUCUCUCUUGUCUUUCCUUUUAUCUAUACGCUAUUGUAAGACUUUGAGUAUAACUUAAUAUUAUAGUUCUUCAAACGUAUCUGUCGCCGAUAUCGCAUUUUGUGUCGUCAAUAAUAAUGUAUAAUUAAAUGGGGUUUCAUGUACUUAAACAUAUAAGUUCAAAUCUUGUAAUUACUGGACCGAUUAUCCGAUCCGAUUUCAUUUUCGAUUCAUUCAUUUCAAGAUGGCGUCGUUAGUUCCUCUUUUCGCCACCGGGCUAAAUUCGUAGCACUUUAUGUUAUAAAUUUUUGGCAUCUGUCACAAUUAAUAAAGAUACAGUGUCUUUUAAUUAGCGCUAUAAUUUUUUCUUGUUGGUAUAUUGGCUCCGCGCACAACCAAAUGACAUUUCAACUGACAGUGACAUAAGACAAUGAUCCCUCAUGCAUACGACUUUAGAUAAUUUAUACGUCUUGCUGUUAGGCAACAUAUGACCGUCAGGUUUAUUUCUUUAGUGUUCAUGACAUCUACGAGCUACGUCCUACUAACGACUAAUAGAUGCUAACAGUUGGCCGCUAUGUUUUUCGUGUGUUCACAGCUGUCACAGACUAUCUAGACUAAUAAGUUAUCUAAGCAUCGACGAUAAUUUCUGCAUAGUAAAUUUCCUAUAUUUUAAUUUAAUUAAUAUUGAAUUUUUUCACUGUCCAUUUAUAUUUUAUAUCUACUUAUAUUAAAAUAAAUAUGAAGCUAUAUAGCUAAUGUCCUAUCUAUUUAUAAAAAGCAAAUAAAAUAUACUUAUAUUUGGAAACAAAAUCUGUAACUAUCAUUAACUAGGUACUUAUUAAAGAGUUUGGCCAAAGCACCACAGUCCGAUAUUAUUAUAAAUUAGAUAUAAGUAAGCUAUUGUAAAUUGUUUAAUAGUUGUUUAAGAUAUUGUAAACUACCCAGUGAUAAUAGACUAUAAGCUGAUUGAUUUUGUAAAUUAAUUUGUCUAUGCUUAUAAUGUGUUUAAUGACGUGUGCACAAUGCCUGUAUAUUUAUAUGUAAUUAACUAUAUUUUCACAAGACGAUACGAAAAUAAAAAUCUAAAUGACUGAAA